GUUGCUUUGUAUGAAAAAGCAAUAUAUAGUCUAGCCAACUAUUCUGGUUUCCAAACUUUGUCUCUGUAGCUAAAGCACAAUGACCAUGCUACAAAUUGCUACUUUCUUCACAGUUCUGAUCCUGACUGGGAUGCAGCAAGGUUAGUCAUCUUUUUUAUGCAAAGUAGUUCAAAUAUGUUGAUUCACUUUAACCCCUUAGUGACCAGGCCGUUUUUCAGUUUUCUUACCGUUAAGGACCAGGGUUCUUUUUACAUUUCUGCGGUGUUUGUGUUUAGCUGUAAUUUUCCUCUUACUCAUUUACUGUACCCACACAUAUUACAUGCCGUUUUUCUCGCCCUUAAAUGGUCUUUCUAAAGAUACCCUUAUUUUCAUCAUAUAAUAUAAUAUACCAGAAAAAAAAAGUUAAAUAUAAUGAAAAUAUUUUUAAAAACACACUUUUUUGAACUUUAGGCAUGGAUUCUCAGCUCCUAUUAGGUGUUACUGUCAAACAAUAUAUGUUCAGCAACAUCUCCUGAGUACAGCAAUACCCCACAUGUAUAGGUGUGUCGGGUUCUCUGGGGGAUAAAAGACCUUAUUUGGAGGGUGCACAUUCCAGAUUUCCAACUUGGAAUUUUCACAGCUGGUCAUCAUGCACCCAUGUCCCAUUUCGGACAUUUUUUAAAAUGGCCAAUGUAAUUUACCCCAUCAAACUAUAUGUUUUUAAAUAGUAGACACCCUAGGGUAUUUCAAAUGGUGGUAUUUUAACACUUUCCAUGCACUAAUUCUACCACCAGUCUCUGUCAAACAUUUUGGUAGUCAUUUUUUUGUUAUUUUUUUACACACAUUCUACUUUAGGCAUGGCUUCUCAGCUCCUGUAGGUGUUACUGCCAAAGAUCACCCCAAUAUGUAUUCAGCAACAUCUCCCGAGUACAGUGAUACCACCUAUGCAUAGGUUUGUUGGGGGUGAAAAGCCAAACGUUUGACAUGUGUUUUCCAAAUUUGACAUAUCUUCUUUGCCUAUCUUCUUUUUGGGUGCCUUUUUACAGAUCCCAAUUUAUUUUCUUGCCAUGCUUGUGCAUAUAUUUAAAAGUUGACACCCCACGGUAUUGUAUAUGGAGUGUUUUGAUGCCUUUGAUUCAAUCGUUUUAGUCAAAAAAUUGGAGAAAGUGUUUGGUGGUAAUUUUUCAAUUUUCAUUUUUAUAUACACAUUGCUUUUUGACUGUGAUUUAGGAGAGCCUGUUAUUGGUUAUUGCAAGAAAACACUCUAGGUUGUUUUCUGCAAAGCCUCCUUAGUACACCCAUGCUCCCCAUACAUAGGUUUGCCAGGAUUUCGGGAUGGUCCAGUUACAAUUGUAUGACUUAUAAUUUCAGUUGAAAUUGAGAGUAUUUCUUCUGAUAGGCCUAUAUUUAGCUUGGGGCUUUUCACAUACCCCAGUUUCAUUUAUUGCCAUGAAAGUUUAUAUAUUUGAAACGUAGACACCCCAAGGUAUUAUACAUGGAGUGCUUUGAUACAACUGUUUUAGCCCCCAAAAAAUGGAGAAAGUGUGUGGUGGUAAUUGUUCAAUUUUCAUUUUUACACACACAUUGCUUUUUGACUAUGAUUUAGGAGACCCUGUUGUUGGAUAUUGCAAGAAAACACUCCAACCCCACCCAUAUGCCAGUUAUAGGCCUUGAUGCACACUGGCUUCCUUGUUCUCUCAGCUCCGCCACGUACAGGGACCUCCACAGUCCCCUCUGUGUGGAUGGUGGUAAGAAGGCACACAUCCUUCUUGUCUCUGUACUUAACUGCCAACAGCUACUCUUGGCGCAGAGCUGAGGUUCCCCCCUUCGUAGCCGGGUGCAUGCAAGUUGUCUUGGGAAACCUAUGCUGUUCUUUAUGAUUGUACCCCAAGCUACUGUAUCAAAACAGUACAGUAGCUUGAACAAAGGGACACUUGUAUAAAAACUGUCAGUACAAGUGGUACCCUUUGUUCAUCAGGGGAAAUAUCAGGUCCCAGAAAAUCUUGCCAAUGGUUCCCAUAUGUUCUGGGCAACCUGGAGGGUCAGGGUGGCUAUCCUUUCCCUCGUACACCCGGAAGGCCUGAGUAUACCCAGUCUCGCUAUCACAGAGCUUAUACACCUUUACACCAUACCUGGAGCACUUGGAAGGAACAUACUGCUUGAAUCCCAGCCUUCCCUUAUACUUCAUCAGAGAUUCAUCCACGCAUAUAUUCCUUCCAGAUGUAUAAGCCUCUGCAAACCUGGUAGCGAAGUGGGUAAUCAGGGGGUGGAUUCUAUACAGCUUGUCAAACUGGGGAUGCUCCCUAAGGGGGCACAGGCUGUUGUCGCUGAAGUGCAUGAAAUGCAGAAUCAUUUCAUACCUCUUCCUCGACAUACAUUGGGAGUAAAUGGGGGUAGAUUAGAUGGGGUUACUGCUCCAGUAGGAGCGGAGGGAUGGCUUCUUUAUGAUGCCCAUCAGCAUAGUCAAUGCCCAGAAUCUUUUAAAUUCUGGCACAUCGAUGGGGGCCCAUUGCUGCUUUGCCAAAAAAGAGUCAGACUUUGCAGCACGGAACUGAUCGGCAUAUAAAUUGGUUUGGGCGACAAUGUUCCCCAAUACAUUAUCGUCUAGAAACACCUCCAUAAACUGCUGAGGGCUAAAACCUGCAACAUCCACGUUGAUGCCAAAAUUUUCAGUAAAGGAUGGGAUAUCUGGCCUCUGGCGAUGAGGCACUACCCACUCUUCAGCAGUACUGCCAGCUGGAGCAGCAUGUCUCCUUCUGGCAGGGGGACUAGCAGGCACAGAUACAGCAUACAUACAAUAUUCUAACUUAGGGCCCCCACUCGCCACUCAGGGGUGGAGGCCGGGGGGGAAGACAAUAGGUCCACCCUUCUUAUUCUAACUUAGGGCCCCCACCCGCCGCCCGGGGGGGGGGGCCAGGGGGAGGACAAUAGGUUCCCCCCCCAUUAUUUUACUUUAGGGCCCCCACUCGCUGCUCAGAGGUGGGGGCUGGGGGGGAGGACAAUAGGUCCCACCCCUUAUUUUACUUUAGGGCCCCCACCCGCCACUCAGGGGUGGGGGCCGGGGGGGAGCAAUAGGUCCCCCUUCAGGUUAGAAGCCCCCACUGCUCACUGUUUACUAGACAUGCCCCUACUCACGGUAUAGCGAGUAGGGGCAUAAUUUACUGAUACUAAGUAAUCUUUACUUAGUAUUAGUAAAUUUGGAUGAAAGACCAAUUUAGGUCUUUCAGCCUUUUAGUAGAUAGCUCCCUAAUACCGUGGGUAGUUGGGAGUUAUCUACUUAUUCAUUCCUGUCAUUCCAUUGAUUGGCUAAGUAACAUUUUAUAUGAAUGUGUGUUACUUGAUUGUUGUAAGUGUUGCAAAUGCUUACAGCUGAAUCCUGGCUAUGUUUGUAUACUUUUUAUUUAAAGGGACACUAUAGUCACCUGAACAACUUUAGCUUAAUGAAGCAGUUUUGGUGUAUAGAACAUGCCCCUGCAGCCUCACUGCUCAAUCCUCUGCCAUUUAGGAGUUAAAUCUCUUUGUUUAUGAACCCUAGUCACACCUCCCUGCAUGUGAUUUGCACAGCCUUCCAUAAACACUUGCUGUAAAGAGAGCCCUAUUUAGGCUUUCUUUAUUGCAAGUUCUGUUUAAAGCGGCACUGUCAUGCCGAACUUACCUUUCCUCAAUCUCUUCCUCUUCUCCCCCUCUCUCAGGAUCUGUUCUUCAUUUCUUCCUGUCUUCUUUAGUUUUCUUUAAAAUCAUAAGACAAAGUAGGGACUCUUUGCCUUAUGGAGGAUUCCUCCGCUUGACCAGCUCUGACCAGCGGAAGAGCAAAGCGUGCUUCAUUUCCGCUGGUCAGAGCAAUUUUCCCAUGAUCCCUAGCUUUCCUCAGUGUUCCCACAAUGCUUCCUGUCAUUUUACAUGAAACUGCCGAAUUGCGUUCUAACUGAAUGACAACAGUAUGUUCGUUUCUUUUAGAACGCAAUUCGGCAUUUUAUUCGGAUCGGAAUUUCAUUCUAAUGAAAACUCUUAUUGUUUUAUUAGGGCCCCCACCCACCGCGCAGGGGUGGGGGCCCCCCAUUGUUUAUUAGGGCCCCCACCCCACUGUUGGAGGGCCCCAUGGGAGGACAGUAGGUCCCCCAUUAUCUUUGGGGAGGACAGGUCCCCCCCAUUAUCUUUAUGGCCCCCACCCGCCGCUCAGGGUGGGGGAGGGGGGGAGGACAAUAGGUCCGCCCCCCCUUAUUGUAAUUUAUGUCUUUUUUUUCAACAGUGAGCAGCCACAGGCUGCUCACUGUUUAGUAGACAUGCCCCUACUCGCGGUAUAGUGAGUAGGGGCAUUUGGGAGAUUUAAAUCUCUCUUGUGCUAUUAUGGGGGUCAUAUUGACCCCCAUAGAGUGAGAGGGGGUACUGGGGGGCUUAUGAAGUGGUGGGGAGCACUGCUCCCUGCCGCUUCUAUAGUUACAUAUUACAAGGAGGGAGCUGCACGCCGGUAGCUCCCUCCUUGUAAUAAACUGCACGAACAAACAUACACUGAUACUCAGAUACACUGAUACAUUGUGUUUGUUUGUUCGGCUGAUCUUUCUAUUCACUCAUUCGUCUGUCUGAUGAAUGAAUGAAUAGAUGAAAUUCCCGUUCGCAUGUCCAGGUGUUUCACUGGGCAUGUGCGGGAAUCUCAGUGUCUGCCUAGUGUGGGCUGAUGACGUGUCCCACAGGGACUUCACCUACCCACACAAAGAUGGCGGCGCCCUGAAUCAAGAUCGGGGCAGAAAAUAAGGAUUAAAAAAUAGGUAAUGUGGGGGGCUUAGGGGCAUUUGGGGGUGACUAGUGGGUCAAUUGGAUGUAGUGGAGGCGGGAGGGGGGUUAAAAAAAAAACGGGUUUCGGCAUGACAGUGCCGCUUUAAUUAAGCUUUUUUUUUUAUCCCCUGCUAUGUUAAUAGCUUGCUAGACCCUGCAAGAUCCUCCUGUAUGUGAUUAAAGUUCAAUUUAGAGAUUGAGAUAAAGUUAUUUAAGGUAAAUUACAUCUGUUUGAAAGUGAAACCAGUUUUUUAUCGUGCAGGCUCUGUCAAUCAUAGCCAGGGGAGGUGUGGCUAGGGCUGCAUAAACAGAAACAAAGUGAUUUAACUCCUAAAUGACAGUGAAUUGAGCAGUGAAAUUGCAGGGGAAUGAUCUAUACACUAAAACUUCUUUAUUUAGCUAAAGUAAUUUAGGUGACUAUAGUGUUCCUUUAAAUUUGUAUACAGUGUAACAUUCUUCAUUCUUCCACUGAGUAGGUAUAUUAGUACUUCGGCAAUACUGUGCUUCGACACUUCGACACUUCGGAACUUCGGCAACUUCGGAACUUCGACACUUCGGAACUUCGGCACUUUGGAACUUCGACACUUUGGUCAGGGCAUCACAAUUAGUUUCCGUCCAUUAGCUGCCAUUGUGGAGUUUUCUGUAUCUGACCACAGGCCACAGGAGAGUAAGAAUGGGAAGAGUCAAGAACAAUGAUGAUACAUCACUGAAAAUCAAAGCAUCAGAUGUGACUGCAGCACAAAAUUUGGUAGGGACCAAUCUGUGUUUGAUUUGUGCCUUUGUGCUACUAAGAGCUACAAUAUGUUCCACAUAGCAGCAUUCAGGCAGAAGCGAGUGAUUGGUGGUGGUCCUGCAAUGUGCAAAAAGGCCUUUCUUGCCUACACAUUGUCAGUAAACAAAUAAUAACAAAUGUCCAAGCUAUCAUUCAGAGACGUAGCUAGAUAGUGAUGUAUUUACAUUUUACUGAUCCUUAGGAUGGUCAGACUUAGGAAGGUGACACACACCUACAAACAGGCAGAGAAUAGUUGAGGGUUACAGAAAGACAACAGAACAACAAAACAAAAUCAACAUAUAUUAGCAAAUAAAAGCACUGUUAGGUAAGCACAGCAGUGCAAGGGACUUUCCAAGCAGUGGUUAUGUAUAGGUAGUAUUGAAAACCUAUUGGCCUGUGUUUUAAUUGCAGUGCCAGAAUGUGUAGGACUUAUGUCGUAGAGAUGACAUCACAGAAACCGUUGACAAUGACGCUGGGGUACAUGGGAAUAAAAGGACAUGGUGUGAUCAGCAAUGUCACACAACAGACAUGCAAACUUGAUGACAGGAAGGCAGAACAGGUAACGUGAAUAACCCCGGCAAAUUUUCAGCAAUGCAAAUACAAGAAAAUGACCGAAUGGAUGAAAAAGAUAACCAGGAAAAUUCCAGGCUAAAGCCCACUUAGCCACUCUUGUAGAAUUUUUUACAAGCUGCACUCAUAGGGUUAAUGUAGUACUAUUUCAGCAUCACACAAUUGCAUGAUUUUGCUAUUACAUGACGAAAAGUCAUGAUUUUAUUAAAGACACGCAGGCGAGUAUUGCAUAUCCCUUUCUUUACUGUCCACCAAUAGCAGUAAAGGAUACAAACAGAAUAAAAAAAUAAUGAAUAUUGAGUAACUUAGGCCCCUCCCUGAUAAAGUCCCAGUAUAACAGCCAGCACCGCCCUUCUAUCUUCUUCUUUCUUAAGAUGCGACACCGAAAAUAAAGUCCAUAUACAGGAACAACAGUAGAGUCCAGUGAGAAGAAACGCAGAACCUCAGGACCAGAACAUAGGAUCAUCGAUUCAAUAACAGGGAAGCACAUCGGGAUGACGGCAGAACAAACUCCAACCCCAGGGGAAUUCCUCACAUGCUGAAGACUUGAUAUUCAAUAGGUCCAAAUCAGGCUGUGGAAACAUAAAGAACAGGAGCCCAAGGGUUAAAUCAGUACUUGAGACUAACAUCAGGGCCAGGCGAUGCAAAGCCCCACAUACAUCCCCAAUAUAAAAACCAGGUAGACCCGAACUCCCCCUAGUUACUCAACCAAACCCCCCAACUACACAGGACCCACUUACCGUAACAUCGGGUCCAUACAUGUCUCAACAUAUCAAAAAAAACUGGGCGGAAAAACCAAUGUAGGUAAAGUGAGAAAUUCAAUACGGGCGGGACAAUACUCGCCUCCGUGUCUUUAAUAAAAUCAUGACUUUUCAUCAUGUAAUAGCAAAAUCAUGCAAUUUUAUAGCAAGACACGGAGGCUCAUAUUGCAAGUUUAAAGCUGACCUACUACCACAUCGAACAUGUAAAUAAUCGGUCGAAAGUAAAAUUCCUGAAAAGUAGUUUCCCUCGACCAGUCUGCCAUCCUCAUGAGAUCUUCCAAAUGCGCACCUGAAGCUAUAAUCGAAGAGGCUGAAGCCCCCCUAACCAAAUGAGCGCCAAAGAGCGCAGUAUCAAUACCGGCUUGAGUCAGUAACCUUUUCACCCAGCAUUACAACGUGGUGCUGGUGACGGGGGCAAAAGGAGGAUUGAAGGAUAAAAAUAGUUGGGGAGAGGCAGCGGAACGGUGUAGUUUGGUGCGAUCCUCAUAUUCGCGUAAGCAAGCCACCGGACACAACACCGGUGUAGUCGAGAAAAUCGGAUAGGACACCGACGUAAUAGACGUCUUAGUGCGCCUACUGAUAUUGAAUGUCACUCCCUCCAGGGUGCAUGAUCUGGCAUCAAGAUCCAGGGCUCGGACGUCCGAGACCCUCUUUGAAAUGAGGCAGAACAGACAAACCAAUUUAGCCGAUAGCUGCAAGGGGAGUGCAGAGUUUGCGGGCCAGGCCAUGAGGAAAGAUAAUACAACAGAAACAUCCCAGGUUGCAGAGUAGUGAGGCCUGGGUGGCCGGAAGAGACGAGAGCACCGGAGGAGCAGGCAUACCAGGGGAUGUUGACCGGCAGGGCACCCGUCAAAAUCCUGAUGUGUCGAAGAGAUGGCCAACCGGUAGAGAUUGAUGUUCCGGUAGGCCUUACCUGCUUCAAAGAGGGAAGUCAGGAAUUGUAGAAUUGUGGUCACAGGUGCUGAAACGGGAUCCACGUCCCUAGCCAGGCACCAGCCAGCCCAAGCUCGCCAAGCUGACCCAUAUGCCCAUCUAGUGCCGGGGGCCCAUGCGUCUGCCAACAGGCAUCUAGUAGUCUCCAAAACUCCCUGGACCUCCCAGGGUCCCCUGAAAUUCGCCAUGCUAGGAAAGGGAGAGACAAAUAGAUACUAAUAUGAGGCGCUUUUCCUUAAGUGUUAUAUAUUCAGGGUAUUAUGCCUUUAAUUUCCAUAUAUCCAAGGUGUUAUACCUUUAAUUUUUAAUUAUAAUAUGUGCUGCUAUCCUCGUACUUCCCCUGUGUGUCACACAUACAUAACAAGAUUUUCAAUGUAUUUGACAAUGAGUUAGCGCACAAUCUUUUUUGAAAGAUCUCCAAUUGGAAAGUACAGAAAAAUAAGAAAUUAUAAUUAUAACCUAUUAACCUUAUAGAUGUAAUUUAUACAGAAUGUGUGCUCACACAAAAAUACUUUUUCAUUAAAUAUAAACAACUUCCAGCAUAGAGAGUCCCAGAAAUGAGCAAUCCAAAUCUCAAAAGAUAACCACUUUUUUCUUUUUCCAGCACUCCAGGGUUUAAGCUGUUAUCUAGGGAAAUACAAUGCUUAAAUGGUGUGAUAACAUUAGGUAAAGAGCCUCCACCAUAUGCACCCUAUGUGGAGCUCUCACCUUAUUCUGUUAUACUUUGGUUAUAAUGACUUGUAUCCACUUUUUAUAUAACCCACAAUAUAGAGAUUAAUUACUCCAGAGAUAUUUCAAGGAUUACUCAACUUUAUUUCCAUUUUAAAAUAAAUAAAAUAUAAAAAUAUAAAAGAUAUAUAGCUGAAACAGUAAAUGUCACUGUAUUUAUACAGCUCACGGUUCUUGGGGUAAUUACAGUUUUUUGUGCAGGUCCACCGUCUGCCGAAGUUGCUGCUUGUUUCUCCUCUCCCCUGAACGCUGGAUAUGUAAAAAUCGGCACCACGUAACUUACUAGUUUCGCCCUAGUGGGCUUUCUCAAAGUCUGUGGAUGCCAGCACUACAAAUUGAUUUUGUGAUCGAAGCUAUUUUAUUGAUCCUAAAUAACAAUGUUUUUACGUUUGAAAACCAGAAUUCUAUUCAAAAGAUCGGCACAGCCACGGGAACGAGCUUUGCACCCAGUUAUGCCAAUCUCUUUAUGUCCAGUCGGGAGGACAAAUAUGUAUGGGAUGGGCAUGGCUGGAGUGCAAACCUCGUCACAUAUAGGCGUUUUAUAGAUGAUAUGUUUUUUAUCUGAAAGGGACCAGAGGAAGAUCUUAAGAAUUUUUUGGAAUUUUUAAAUUCGAACGAUUGGGGGAUCACAUUGAAGGCCGAGUUCAGCAAUACAAAAGUGGAAUUCUUAGAUCUAGAAAUCUUCAUAAAUGAAGGUCAUUUGAAGACCAAGACAUUUUUUAAGAAAAUAGACAUCAACAAUUACAUCCUAAAGACCAGUUACCACCAUUAUCCGUGGUUGGCAAAUAUCCCAAAAAAUCAAUUUACAAGAGUAAAAAAAAAACUGCUCGCAAGUUGACGAUUUUAUCCAACAAGCCGACUUCUUAAAAAGAAGAUUUCUGGAUAAGGAUUAUGAUGAAGAAAAUGUAGAAGAAGCCCUGGAAUAGGUUAUGAAAAUGAAGAGAGAUGAUCUUCUUGAAUAUAAAAACAAAGAAGGAAAAAGGCAGAAUACAGGAAGAUACGGAGAUCCCGAUUAUUUUUAACUUCAAUAACCAAGCACAAGAAAUUAAGAAAAACGUGAAUAAAUGGUGGCCAGUUUUAAGACGGGAUGAAGUAGUCUACAACAUUCUACCAGACAAACCAAAAAUAGUCUUCAGAGGGGCAUCAAACCUGAAAUCUAUGUUAGCCCCGAGUCAAUUACCAGAGAAGAGAAUAAGAUCGAUAGAGAAUCCCUCUAACUUACAAAAUGGCUUCUACAAAUGUGAAACAUGCAGCGCUUGUCGAGUGAGUGCUAAAACUAAUAGAAAAUGUAUAGAUUUCAAAUCAUACCACACAGGAGAAGAGUUCAAAAAAAAAAGUAUUAUCACUUGUAACACCAAAGGGGUAAUAUAUCUAAUAUAUUGUACAUGUGGAUUGCAACAUAUUGGACGAACUGAGAGACUGUUAAAGAAAAGAUUAUACGAACAUAUAUAUAAUAUAAGGAGGGGAUUCGAAGGACACAGCAUCUCAACACACUUUAAGUUGAGACAUGGAAUGGAUCCAAGUCAAAUGUACUUCUGUGGAAUUGAACAAGUGAAAAAGGAUGUAAGAGGAGGAGACUAUACGAGAAAACUGGCAAUUUGGAUAUUUAAACAGGGGGCUUUGAAGCCAAAUGGUUUAAAUAUCAAUUUUGAACUUACACAUUUUCUGGAGUAGAUCCACAAAAAAUACAAAAUGAAAAGGAAAAUAAUUUUGAAUAGGAAUGCACCUUUAAGAAAAAGUAUAGGUCUGUGACCUGUAAGUGAUAGAAUUGAAUGUACAUCACUUUUCCAAGAAAGGGCAUAGAGAAAAAAUCACAUGAUUUUAAAAUAUGUGCAGUAACUAUUUUUAGGAAACGUUUUAUAGUAUCCUUUUUAGAAAAAAAAAUUUACAUUAAGGGAAUUACCAUCUUGGAAAGUAUACCCAAUUAAAAUUAGAAAUCAUAUUUUAAAUGGUAUAGUUUUAUAAGCACCAUAGAAAUGUUUUUGUUUAUAUGUAUAUGUACUUAUAAGCUUUAUAUGUAAGAUAUCCAUGAAAUCCUGUAUAAAAAGAAUCGAUAAGUUAAAAAGAAGAUAAAACUUUGAUUUUAUGCAUGUGAAAAGGUUAAUGAACAUGUGCCCUUAAGAUCUAUAUGUAAAGUAGACAUUUUUAAAAAAAAAAACAUGUAUAAAUUAAACUGAUAAGAUGUAAGGGAAAUGACAUCAGGAUUACACACAAGUGAAGGGGUUAAUAAAGCAGGUAGGAAGAACCUGCAGGAUAUUUGUAAUCAAGUACAAGGGAAUUUAAACAAGAUCGUCAGUAGGCAUCCACAGACUUUGAGAAAGCCCACCGAGGACGAAACUAGUAAGUUAUGUGGUGCCGAUUUUUACGUAUCCAGCGUUCAGGGGAGAGGAGAAACAAAUAGCAACAUCGGCGGACGGUGGACCUGCACAAAAAACUGUAACUACCCCAAGAACCGUGAGCUGUAUAAAUACAGUGACAUUUACUGUUUCAGCUAUAUAUCUUUUAUAUUUUUAUAUUUUAUUUAUUUUAAAACGGAAAUAAAGUUGAGUAAUCCUUGAAAGAUCUCUGGAGUAAUUAAUCUCUAUAUUGUGGGUUAUAUACAAAGUGGAUACAAGUCAUUGUAACUAAAGUGCAACAGAAUAAGGUGAGAGCUCCACAUGGGGUGCAUAUUACCUAAUGUUAUCACACCAUUUAAGCCCUGUAUUUCACUAGAUAACAGCUUAACCCCUGGAGUGCUGGAAAAAGAAAAAAAGUGGUUAUCUUUUGAGAUUUGGACUGCUCAUUUCUGGGAUUCAUUUCUGGGACUCUCUGUGCUGUUGGUUAUAUUUAAUGAAAAAGUAUUUUUGUGUGAGCACACAUUCUGCAUACAUUACAUCUAUAAGUUUAAUAGGUUAUAAUUAUAAUUUCUUAUUUUUCUUUACUUUCCAAUUGGAGAGCUUUCAAAGUAGAGGGAGCCAACAGGAGAGGGUGACAACACCCCAUCGGAAGGAUGGCAACAGCCUGGGGUAAUCCACUGCCAUCUCGAGACGUUGGGGGAACCACGACUGCAGCUCCCAGAAGGGUGUCACUAUGACUAGUUCGUCCUGAUGCAGGACUGAAGGAGUGUGCGAGGGAUCAUGGAGAAUGGGGGAAAGGCAUACAGGAGGUCUCCGCGCUAGUGUUGCAGGAAGGCGUCCACUGCCUCCGCCAUAGGGUCAGGUCUCCAUCUGAAAAACUGAGGGAGUUGGGCAUUGAGUCAGGAUGCGAACAGGUCGAUAGCAAAAGGACCCCAAAGAGAUGACACAUUGGAGAACACGCACGCGCACAAUUUCCAGUCGCCGGCGUCCGAGAGAUAUCGUGAACUCCAAUCCGCCUGGACAACCAGGUUUCCAAUUCAGACAAAACUCCCAAAAGUCUUUCGCCAAUCCGGCCAGAACCGCUGAUUGGGUUCCACCCAUGUGGUUGACAUAUCUCACUGCUGACACGUUGUCCAUGCGGAGGCGAAUGCAUGUUUGCGCUCGAUCAUGAAGGAGCCUGCCAAGAGUUCCAACACAUUGAUGUGGAGUCGGGAUUCGGAGUCUGACCAUCAACCCCCCCGUUGACACUCCCGCGCAAUGGGCCCCCCAGCCAUGGAGGCUCGCAUCUGAGUCGAUGGUGAAUUCCGUCAAAAGGCCAAAGAUCGCCCUGCCGUUCCAUGCAGAUAGGUUGAGGAUCCACCAUCGCAGUUCGUCCUUCGUCUCACUGUCCAGCGACACCAGAUUCGCGUAGGAAGAGCUGUCUCUCAGGCGAGCUAUCUUCAGGUGUUGAAGUGCGCUGUAGUGGAACGGGCCUGGAAAUAUUGCUUGAAUGGACGAUGCUAGUAGGCCAAUGAGCCGAGCCAACUGUCGUAAGGUGAGUUGCGGUCGGGUGAGGGCUCUGCGAAGCUCCUUGCAUAUCGACUGAAUAAUGUUCAUCGGAAGACUCAACGUCGUCCACAAGGAAACCCAGGAAUUUCAUAAUAGUGGCCGGGGUCAGACAGGAUUUCUCCCAGUUGAUAACGAACCCCAUGCGGGAAAGAAGGUCUAAGGCCUGCCGAAGGUGCGUAACGAUGAUGGAACGUUCCUGAGCCAUGAGCAGGAUGUUGUCCAAGUAUAUGAUUAGACGAACGAAUGCCCCGACUGCGCAGCCAUGCCAUCGCUGGGCGCCGCAGCUUUGUGAAACACCACAGGGCCGAUGAGGGACCAAAGGGAAGGCAGGUAAACUGCCAAAUCUCGUUCCGCUAUUGGAAGCGUAGCAGGUCUCGGGACGCCUUGGCCACUGGCACUGCCAGGUAUGCAUCCUGCAGAUCCAACUUCGCCAACCAGUCCCCGUGUAGAAGUAGGUCCCUCAGCAGGUGAAUACCCUCCAUCUUGAAAUGGCAGUAGCGAACCAUGGCAUUGAGGGGGUGCAGAUUAAUGACAGGGCGCAUUUGCCCGCCUUGCUUUUCCAGCAGGAAAAUAUUGCUUAUGACACCUAUGGGGCCAAGGGGAGCCAGUUCUAUUGCUCCUUUGUAGAGGAGUGUGGAAAGCUCGUCGUCGGUCAAUCUGCGGUCCCAAAGGGAGAAGCAGAUCGGCCGAGGAUGAGGGAUACUCACAAGAUUCCCUACGAGUUCUAUCUGAAAACCACGAAUUGUGUCCAGCACCCAAGUGUCGGCUGUUAUAGCUGACCAAGCUGGGAAAAAAUGUUGGAGUCUGCCCCCUACAUAAACAUGAGAAAAAAACAUGAGGUAUGGGUAAACUCACCAUAUGGGCAUCUAGAACUGGUUCAGAAACCUCUGGAUCGCCACGGGCGUCCGCGUGACGGGAAGAAUGGGGAACGGGUUUUCGUCUCCUGGUAAUUGGAGCGUUGCUGGUAAGAGCCUUGUCCCGGGACUGGAAAUAGGUACGGCCGGACAGACAGCUCCUGGAACAUCCAGCCCUGGUGGAGACCCGCCCUUGGAAUAACCGUCUCAUGUAGGCCUGGGCCUUGUCAAGGGCUGUAAAUGCCCCCACAAAGCAUCCUAGGUCUUUAAUGAAGGAAUCGCCAAACAAUAAACCUUGGGCGUCCUUACCAGCUUCUGUGAGGGCAAGAUUGGCAAACUUAGGUUCAAUUUUGAAUAGAAUGGCCUUACGCCGUUCCCUGGAAAGGGAGGCAUUGACACUCCCAGCAAUGCAAAUUGCCCUCUGGACCCAACCACAGAGGUCUUCAGGGUCGACCAUACGAUUCCUAGCUCUGGCGUCUUCAGCCAAGUCAAAAAGCUUCGCUAGUGGGCCAAAUAUGUCAAGGUGUUUGUCUUGGCAUGACUUAACGGCCGAGUCUACAUGGAUUCCACCCCAAUUUUUCCAGGAACUGGAUCAUCUUGGGAUCUACCUCAGGGGUAUCACAAACCUUAUUAGGCACUAUGGCCUUCAAUAUGUUUCGGGCCGCUUUACUGAGAGGGCGUCUUACCCAGUUUUCCUGGUAUUUGGCUACGUAGUCCUCUGGGAGCCAUUCUGCCGACCUAGGAUGGUGAAGCUCAUCAGGGUCGAAAAGAGGUUCGCCCAACUGAUCCAUGAGGGCGGACCCCGCAGUUGCGUGGUGAAUCGCCCCUGUAUCUCCUCCGGACAUCUCUGCCUGAGCAGAGGAAAGGAGGUCAAAGCCCAAUUCUGCAGCAUCUUUAUCAGAGUCAUCACCUGACUACCUAUAGCCUCCUCACUAGACCCGAUUUCAGAGUCAGAGUCGCUCUCUAUUUGUGCUCUAGCACAUUUCCAUAGCCGCGCCCAUUCUGCCUGGCGUGGAAAGGCUCUUUUGCGUGGGUGGGACACGCUUUCUGGGGCAACCAUAGGUACCCCCAUCUAAGAUAGGCGUACCUAUGGUCGCGCCAGAAAGCAUGGCCACUAUGGAGGUAGAGGUCAUUUAUGAGUAGCUUUCCCUGGUGCUUCUCCAGGCGGGUCCAUAGUAGGAUGCGAUUGGGGCGGUGUGUAGCCCGAAAUCUAUGCGUCUAAAGGAUGUGGCAGCAGGGCCUGGGAUAUAGUUUGGGAGAGGGCAGAUGACAUGGACCCCAUGGUUGCAAUUAUGGCUUCCCUCACUGAGCACUGUUGUGCUAAAUAUUGGGCCCCCUCCGUGGCUGGGUAUGUCUGCCACAGUGAGAGGGGUGCCCAAGGAGGCCGGGUCUCUCGCAGGGCUAAUGGGGCAUCAAAAGGGGGGAAAAGGAUGGGGCAACAGCAGAAACAGAUUAAGCCCGGAAGGGGCAAAAAGGAGAAAGGAAUAAAAACAUCCGAAGCAUAGGGGAUGGAAAAACCGCAACUGGUCUGGGAACCUGAACAGUCACGUAAUAGACAAUACCAUAUAUAGUAUAAACAUAAGUAAUAACCAAAGUAAUAAGGAGUAAUAACAUAAGUAUAUAAAAGAUAUACAUAAGGCAAUAACCACAGAGUUAAAAUAGUGUACUUAUCUGACUGUGGAGCAGCAAAGAAAGAGGAAGAUAGGAGGUAGGUGCUGGCUGUUAUAAUGGGACUUGAUCAGAGAGGGGCCUAUGUUACUGAAUAUUCAUUAUUUUUUCAUUCUGUUUGUAUCCUUUGCUGCUAUUGGUGGACAGUAAAGACAGGGAUAUGCAAUAUGAGCCUCUGUGUCUUGCUAUAAAAUCCUCACUUGUGUGUCUCUCUAAUAUCAAUAAAGCUUAACGGACAGAUUAAAUUAGUACUUUUUUUGUCCCACAACAAAUUUAUCAAUAACCAUCAAGCAAUUUCAAGUGGCUCAGGUAGUGCAGCUCAUCCAGGAUGGCACAUCAAUGCGAGCUGUGGCAAGAAGGUUUGCUGUAUCUGUCAGCGUAGUGUCCAGAGCAUGGAGGCGCUACCAGGAGACAGGCCAGUACAUCAGGAGUCGUGGAGGAGGCUGUAGGAGGGCAACAACCCAGCACUAGGACCACUACCUCCGCCUUUGUGCAAGGAGGAACAGGAAGAGCACUGCCAGAGCCCUGCAAAAUGACCUCCAGCAGGCCACAAAUGUGCAUGUGUCUGCUCAAACGGUCAGAAACAGACUCCAUGAGGGUGGUAUGAGGGUCCGACAUCCACAGGUGGGGGUUGUGCUUACAGCCCAACACCGUGCAGGACGUUUGGCAUUUGCCAGAGAACACCAAGAUUGGCAAAUUCGCCACUGGCGCCCUGUGCUCUUCACAGAUGAAAGCAGGAUCACACUGAGCACAUGUGACAGACGUGACAGAGUCUGGAGACGCCGUGGAGAACGUUCUGCUACCUGCAACAUCCUCCAGCAUGACUGGUUUGGCAGUGGGUCAGUUAUGGUGUGGGUUGGCAUUUCUUUUGGGGGCCGCACAGCCCUCCAUGUGCUCACCAGAGGUAGCCUGACUGCCAUUAGGUACCGAGAUGAGAUCCUCAGACCCCUUGUGAGAUCAUAUGCUGGUGCGGUUGGCCCUGGGUUCCUCCUCUUGCAAGACAAUGCUAGACGUCAUGUGGCUGGAGUCAGGGCUGGAACUGGGAAUGAAAACCAGCCCUGGAAAUAAUUGCAUACCAGCCCCAUAGCAUUGCGUCAUUAUACCCGCACAACAACCUUAUUUUCUUGUUCAGAAAACGUAAAACCAUGCAUUUUAAAGCACAUUUGAAUAGUGAAUUAUUUGUAAAUAAGACUGGUAUGAAAGCAUAUAUGGCUUUAUAUAUAAAGAGCAAAUUACAGUGGAAAGUUGUAAAUGUGGAGCAAUCAUCAUGAGUAGUCCAUUUAUUGCUAUGGUGAUUAGACUACAUUUAGAACUUUCUCUUAAUGGGGGUUUCUGUCUAGGAUCAGGGAGGGCUGCAGAUGUCCAGCUCAGGGAUACUAGGUAAUGAUCCUGUCACCCUCUAGCACACUUUACCCCUCUCCCAUUAUCAUAGUCUGUGCCUCUCCCCAUGUUAAAUACCAUGGUCCCUGUGCCUCCCAUGCCCAGUAUUAGGAAUCCCUGAAACCCCACCUCACAUCAGAGUUCCUUCCUCCUCUUUUCAUUAUCAGGGUCCUUCUCAUUAUCAGGGUCCUUGUCCCAAACACAAUUUAAGAACCUCUGUGCCCUCCAUGCCCAGUAUCACAGUUCUAGUAACCCCAUCUCAGAAUCAGGGCUCCAUUUGCUUCCAAUUCUCAUUAUCAACAUCCUUGUCCCUGUGACCCCCAUAACCAAUAUAAAAGUCCCUGUGCCCCUGAUGACCAGUAUCAGGGUCCCUAACCCCCUAUGCCUAAUAUCAUGAUCCUUGUGCCCCUCCAUGACCAGUAUCAGGGUUGCUGAGCCCCCCCUCCCCUAUGCCCAGUAUCAUGGUCCUCUGCCCCCCAUGCUCACUACCAAGGUCCCUGUGCCCCCUCCCAGAUUCUCCUUGCCCCCAUGUUUCGUAUCAGGCUCUCAGACAGAAAAUUAGGCUGUAGAGGGAGAGGAAGCUGUCUGCUCCUAUCUCACAGUCUCGCUCACCUCCAGUCCCCAUUGUGCCCCCUCCUCCCGGCUGCUGAGCUCAGCCUCAGUUCAUUCUUGCAGAAUGUUCUGCAGAUCUGAGGAAAGGGAUGUUGCUGGCCGCCGCGCAGCUGCCGGAUAUGACGUCAUAUGCCCUACACUGCUUACAUCCGGCGGCCCACAGCUGGCGUAGGAAAACUCUAUGUGCACUUCUGGCCAGCGGCCGCAUGAGAAUCGACCAUGGCCUGCUCUGCGGCUGCAGCAGGACAAACAGGAAAAAAAAAUUUUCCUGUCUUGUAGCUGUGUCCAGCCACAGCUCAAAGCCGCCUCAGGCCAGACGGCCUAUCGGGAAAUUUCCCAGUAUCCCGGUAGGCCAGUUGGCUUGGCUGGAGUGUGUCAGCAGUUCCUGCAAGACGAAGGCAUUGAUGCUAUGGACAGGCCCGCCCAUUCCCCAGACCUGAAUCCAAUUGAGCACAUCUGGGACAUCAUGUCUCGCUCCAUCCACCAAUGUCACGUUGCACCACAGACUGUCCAGGAGUUGGCAGAUGCUUUAGUCCAGGUCUGGGAGGAGAUCCCUCAGGAGACCAUCCGCCACCUCAUCAGGAGCAUGCACAGGCGUUGUAGGGAGGUCAUACAGGCACGUGGAGGCCACACACACUACUGAGCCUCAUUUUUACUUGUUUUAAGGACAUUACAUCAAAGUUGGAUCCGCCUGUAGUGUGUUUUUCCACUUUAAUUUUGAGUGUGACUCCAAAUCCAGACCUCCAUGGGUUGAAAAAUUUGAUUUCCAUUUUUAUAAUUUUUGUGUGAUUUUGUUGUCAGCACAUUCAACUAUGUAAAGAACAAAGUAUUUCAAAAGAAUAUUUAAUUCAUUCAGAUCUAGGAUGUGUUAUUUUUGUGUUCCCUUUAUUUUUUUGAGCAGUGUAUAUUAGCCUAAUUGCUGGUAACAUACAAGGAGGUCCUGGUGCAGAUUUCUCUCCUGUCCCAACCCAUAGACAUUUGGUGGGGGCUGCUAAAUUUAAAAAAAUGGGGGCUGGACAGAUCAAUCUAGUUCAUCUUUAUAUUAACUCUGGAAGCAAAUAGGUUAAUCUCUGUAUGUGAAGGUGCUGCACAUACAGACUUCAGGCACCAUGGCCACUUCAAGUAACUAAAGUGGUCAUAGUGGCUGUAGUAACCAUUUAAAAGAACACUCCAAGCUCUGUAAAGCCUACUAAACUUUUAGUGGGUGAACAUUUCAGUUUAAAAUAAAACUUUAAUUGAGACAAAGUUACAAGAUGGCAGCACACAUAUUUUAACAUGAAGAUUAAGUGAGCAUUGUAGUGUCCUCCUGUAACUUGUGUGUGUGUGUUGAAAAAGUAACAGUUCUCGUCUGUGAAUGUGGACGUACACCAAAAUGUGGCUGGCCCAAAUUACCACAUAAUUUAAUCCAGACAAUAUUUAACUGCGUCCGAAGAAGUCUUUGGUGUACCAUCUCUCUGUCAUAUAUGCAAUUUUACCAGCUAGAACACCAGGUCUCUAUAGAUUAUAAUCCAAACUGUUAUGUCUUAAACUACUAUAUGAUUAUAUUUAAUUUAUGUCAUUCACAGUCUGCUCAUCAUCAAAUGAUGAUAACAAUAGAGGUCUUUCAUCUGAUCAACAUGAAGCCCUGUCCAUGGUGGAUGAGUACAUGACAGCUGUUCGGAAAUUCAUUGACAAAAAAGAGCAUCUAGAGACCCUUAAGACAAUUGAAGAUUACUUGAAGAAUGUUAUCUGUGACAGUCGAGUCAAUGAACAAGUUCUAUCUGAAUUCAUAGACAACCUAAGUGAUUACCUGGAUUCAAUGGACGAUGGGAAAUUCGCCAAGCGUGGCUUGAUCCAGUUCCUGGAUGAUAAGCCACUGACUUUUUUAGAGGAAUUCAAACACAGGUUACUUAACAAAGAUUAAAAGCCAUGGUAAUGGUAAAGAAUAUACGUGAUAUACUGAAUUAUAUUUGUAUUACAAAUAGAGAGAAAGUUAUGUGUAUUUGAGUCAAAAAGUCUGUUUUGUAGCCAUAUGUAAAAAUAAUCUAGUCUUAAGGGGAUACUCUAAGCACCCAAACAAGUUUACCGUAGCUUAAUGAAGCAAUGUUGGUGUAUAGAUCAUGCCCCUGCAGUCUAACUGCUCAAUUCUUUGACAUUUAAGAGUUAAAUCACUUUUGAUUCUGUUUAUGCAGCCCUUGCUUCAUCUCCCCUGGCUGUGAGUGACACUUCCUCCAAAAAGUUUUUAUAUUCUAUUCUGUUAAUUUCCAAUCUGCCCACUUACAGUCUCCUCACACAGGAAAUGUUUGCAAGAGGGACAGGGAUGCCCACUUUAAGGGUUAUUUACUAAUGGAAGAACUGUGGACAAUUCAAAGUGAAUUUCAAACAAGGAAAAAGUAGUCAAUCUGGAACAAAUCUCAAAAUGAUCUAUGCUUCCAUUCUGGCUAUUUUGGAUUUAGAUUACGUUUGUUUCCCAUUACUAAAUAACCCUGUGUAUAACAAUUCCUGCAGCUCUGCUAUCAAACAUUAUUUACAUUUGUAAAUAACCAUUCAAACUCUAGAUGCCUGUACCCUAAACACCUCUUCUCCCCUAGUUCUGAAUUUAACACCUUCCAAAACUUACAGAAACCAUUUCCUUUUCCUAAGUCCCAAAUGUAAAAUCUAAACAUGACCAAAAAUAACUGGAUCCUAGGUUUACUAAAUGUACCCCAACUCCAACAAUAAACCCAAUAAUCCUAUACACACUCUGCACCAAUACUAAAUUUAAUCCAACUCUUAUCCUAUUACCAUAGGCGUGCGCACGGGGUGUGCCGGGUGUGCCUGGGCACACCCUAAUCCCCGUGGCACGCCUAUGGUUUGAGUCCUGCAGGAACAGCGUUCCUGCAGGCACUCAGUGCCCCCUGUUUCACCUAUUGCCCCUGUCAUGGGGAGGGCAAGAGGUGAUGGAUUUCCCCCCCUUCAGCGCGUCAUAUUCCGGCUCCCGCAUCCAGCAGACAGCCCGCGCGGCGAGAGGGAGUAGAGAGCAGACAGCAGAGAGCUCCCUCGCCGCGCGCUGAGCUGCAGAGAGGCGCCCGCCCCCACUGGACCCCAGGGAAAAGUCCAC